CUCGGUAAUCGUGCCGAUUAAGCAAGGACGCACUUUCUAUUUGUUUACUUGUUGUUUCUAUUUUCUACUUCUGUUGUCUCUGCUCGCUCUCUGCAUUCUCGUCGCCUUACACUUUCCUAUCUAAAGCUAAAUCUUUGGCGCCUUCCUAUGUACCUCGACCGCUCCUGCCCAAACGAGCAGAGGGAAGGGACUCAGCAGGUGCACGCUCGGGAUGACGUAGAGCUUGCUCAGAGUUUCACCUCUCCUCUUCACCUCUCCUCUUCACCUCUCCUCUUCACCUCUCCUCUUCACCUCUCCUCUUCACCUCUCCUCUUCACCUCUCCUCUUCACCUCUCCUCUUCACCGUUCAUCUCUUUUCUCUUUUCCGUUUUUUUCACUUUCACUUUCCCUUUCAUUUGACGUAAGCUGCUUCACGAGGGGGUAUCUCGUCGUUCGCAGUUAUUUAUAUCCUCGUUUCUUCCCUCCUUGUUCUCAUUCUUUCUUCACCUCCCCUUUAGAGUUCUCCAAGUGCUCGCUUGAGUGCGACCUUGGAGUCUCUGUCGUGGUUCGCUUCAGUGCGAACACGUUUCUCUGGUUUUAGUCAGGUUCCCAGGGUCGCUCUUGGGAAUCCUGCCUUUUCGCCUCCCCUUUGGAGUUCUCCAAGUGCUCGCUUGAGUGCGAUCUUGGAGUCUCUGUCGUGAUUCGCUUCAGUGCGAACACGUUCUUCUGUUACCAGGGUAGUUGACUGUCCUGCUUUUUUACCUUUUACUCGGAGUUCUCUAAGAGUGCUGAAGUGCAAUCUUAGAAACUGUCGUGAUUCGCUUUAGUGCGAACACGUUCUUCUGCUACUAGGAUUGUUAACUGUCCUGCCUUUUUACCUUUUACUU